CUUUCCACCCAACACCUUUGCCGUUUCUAUAUAUUGCCCCGUCUCUUCCUGCUCCUCUGAACCUCCUCUCGCCAAACUGAAGCUCAUCAACAAACUCCUCUUGACACUUGUCAUCGUCAUCGCCCUCACACUACCCACCAUGAACUCCAUCCUCCAACGCCUCAGCCGGCCCUUCACCUCCAGCAGUCUCCGAUUCGCCCCGGAGACCAACGGAGGCAGCAUGGCCGUCCCCGAAGGUGCAGACAAGAUCACGCUUGCCGCCGGCUGCUUCUGGGGCACCGAACAUAUGUAUCGCAAAGACUUCAAGAGCAAGGGCUUGAUCGAUGCGCGAGUGGGAUACAUUGGUGGCGAGACCGACAGCCCGAGCUAUCGCGCCGUCUGCUCCGGCCGAACAGGACACGCCGAAGCCUGCCAAAUCGUCUUCGAUCCGCAAAAGGUCUCCUACCGCGACCUGCUCGAGUACUUCUACCGCAUGCACGACCCCACCACCGCCAACCGCCAAGGCCCGGACUCGGGCAGCCAGUACCGCAGCGGCAUCUUCUACCACAAUGACGAGCAAAAGGCGAUUGCGGAGGAGGUGACGAGGAAGGCCAACGAGCAGUGGUGGAAGGGCGGCAUCGUCACCGAGGUCCUGCCCGCCGGCCAGUGGUGGGAUGCGGAAAAGUACCAUCAGCUCUACCUCGACAACAACCCGGGCGGGUACGAGUGCCCGAGCCAUUUCUUGCGCAAGUUCCCCGCGCUGAAGUGAGCUGGUGGUGGUUGGGAUGCGUGUGAUAUACCUGGCGAUGGAGCCGUCUGAUAAUGAUGAUAUGGCUGUUUGAAUGCAAUU